GCGCGAUUAUGAGAGCAGGGAGCGGGUUGUUUGCGGGGAUGAGGCGGGGGGCGGCGGCGGCGGCGGCGGUGAGGUGCUCCGGGAUCGUUGCUGCUCUCCGGCCGAGCGUCGCUGUGUUUUAGCGGAGCCCCUCCACCACCACCCCCCCUCCUCUUCAUCACCAUCCUCCUCCUCAUCCUCAUCACCAGUCUCAAACCCCCCCGCACCGUUUUGCGUUUUUCAGAUGCAGCGGCUUUGACACGGUUUUGUGCGCGUGCACAGAUGACGGGCUUUCCGGUGCGCUCGAGUCGGGCCGGUUAGCGGCCUGCACGCGCCCCCUCUUCUCCGGCCGGUGCGCGCGCGUCGCGUCGCGUUCUUUCUUUUCGCGUUUCGAAUCGGUUACAAUCUCAGGGAUUUAUUUAUUUAUUUUUUUAAAGAGGAGAAAAUAAAAAUACAUAAAAAGGGAAAAUGUCCUCUCGGUCUGCUCUACCGUCUGCAACCGACCGGAGCUCGGAUCACCAUGCGUCUCUGGCGGCGAGCCGUUCAGAGAAGGGCACCAGCGUGUCGAGCCGUUCCCUCGGCGCGCGCUGCCGCAACUCCAUGCCCUCGUGCCCGGACGACCCGCACAUCGGCAACUACCGGCUCCUCAAAACCAUCGGCAAGGGAAACUUUGCUAAAGUGAAACUGGCUCGCCAUGUCCUUACCGGGCGAGAGGUUGCAAUAAAGAUAAUCGACAAAACUCAGCUGAAUCCAACCAGCCUGCAAAAGCUCUUUCGUGAGGUGCGGAUUAUGAAGGCUCUUCGUCACCCCAAUAUAGUGCAACUGUUUGAGGUGAUCGAGACUGAGAAAACGCUUUACCUGGUCAUGGAGUACGCCAGCGGGGGUGAGGUGUUUGACUACCUGGUCUCUCAUGGGAGAAUGAAGGAGGUUGAGGCGAGAGCCAAAUUCAGACAGAUCGUCUCGGCUGUUCAUUACUGUCAUCAAAAGAACAUCGUUCACAGGGAUCUCAAGGCAGAGAACCUGCUGCUGGACGCCGACUCCAAUAUCAAGAUAGCGGAUUUUGGCUUCAGUAACGAGUUCACGUUGGGGAAUAAGCUGGACACGUUCUGUGGCAGCCCGCCCUACGCUGCUCCCGAGCUCUUCCAGGGCAAGAAAUAUGACGGGCCCGAGGUGGACAUUUGGAGUCUUGGGGUCAUCUUGUACACGCUGGUUAGCGGCUCGCUGCCCUUCGAUGGACAAAACCUCAAGGAGCUUCGUGAGCGUGUGCUCAGAGGGAAGUAUCGAGUGCCCUUUUACAUGUCCACCGACUGUGAGGGGAUCCUGCGCAGGUUUCUUGUGCUCAACCCCAGCAAGCGCUGCACACUGGAGCAAGUGAUGAAGGACAAGUGGAUGAACACAGGGUACGAAGGCGAUGAGCUGAAGCCUCACACAGAGCCGGUGGAGGACUACAGUGACCCCACCCGCAUCGAGGUGAUGGUUGGGAUGGGUUUCACGACAGACGACAUCAAAGAUGCGUUACUCAAUCAGAAAUACAACGAAGUCACCGCGACUUACCUUCUCCUGGGACUGAAGACCGAGGAUGGCGCGGAGUCCCGUGUGAGCGGCAGCAUGACGUUGCCGAGAGUGAGGCCGAGCCCGAUCACCAACGGAACGAACAAACACUCCUCCACUGCUGCUGCCUCUUCGUCGUCCUCCUCCUCUUCCUCUCAUGGCAAGACGCAGCGCAGCGCCUCCACUUACCACCGCCAGCGACGGCACAGCGACUUCUGUGGUCCGAGUAUGCCGGUGAUGCACCCUAAGCGCAGUCCAACGGGUGGCGCAGACCGCGAGCUACGUGAGAGCCGGAUGCCCCCACGCAAGGCCAGCUGCAGCGUGAUGGGCAGCCGCAGCCUCCCGCCCUCCAGCCCCAUGGUCAGCACCGCCAACAACCCAAACAAAGCCGAGAUCCCGGAUCGGCGGAAAGACAUUACCGCCACCACUAAUAACAUCCCUGGAAGUGCGAUGACACGCAGGAACACGUACGUGUGUACAGACCGGCCCAGCACGGACAGACAGUCCCUACUUCAAAACGGCAAGGAGAACAGCUCUCUCUCCCACCGUCUCCCCCCCGCCUCUCCCUCCACUCUCAGUAUUUCCGGAGCGGGAGCGUCGUCCUCCUCCUCCUCGGCGGAUCGGUGUAGACUGACGAGGGGUUCCACCAUCCGCAGCACGUUCCACGGCGGGCAGCUCCGGGAGCACGUGCCUUCCGCCUACGGGCCGCCGCCCACCUCGCCCACGCUCAGCCACGACGCCACGCUGCCGGUUCACGGCCGCUCCAGAGCAACGGCCAACCUGUUCAGCAAGAUCACCUCCAAACUCACACGCAGGGUCGCAAAUGAACCUGAGAGAGUCGCCCGACCUUCGCUCUCAGGUUGCCAUCUAUUUGGGAAUCAGAAAGCGGCCGAGCCCCGGCUCGGGGGAGGGGGCUGGGAUGUGAGGCCCCGCCCCCCACGCGCUCCCGCCGAGUUGGUACUGGCCGUGCGCGAUGCAGCAAGGGGGUGCGGCUGCAGCCACGAGCCUCUAGGGUCGAAGGUCACGUUCCAGGGGGAAGUGUGUCAGCUGAGCGUGCACCCAGCGCUCCUCUGGGAGGCUCCACUAGCAUUCACUCACAUCGCGUCAAAGAUCUACAAAGGGGUGGAGCUCUGAGCAAACGGGGGGAGGGGACCAGACCCGAGACGCCUCAUUCCUCCUCCUUCCUGAACUGUCUUGGCUCCGCCCACUUUUGGCUGCAUAAACUGGAAAAUUGCUCCACGCCCACCGCCCACAGCUGUCACACCCCCACCCCCCCUCCUCCCCCGAUAUGCACAUCCAGAGAGACACGAAGAUGUGUGGUCACACAAACAGUGCAAAUGUACACACACACACACACAUACACACACACACACACACACACAAAUCCUCUAAGCAACCUCAUCCACAGGACCUGGAUUGAUUCCAGAGUAGUAUUUUUUAAUCUCGUUCAUCUCAUGAAGUAGUUUGAUUCUAUUCUCAGCAUCAUUCCGCCUUUUUGGUUUGUUUUUUUAUCGUGCUUUUGUCUCUUUUGUUGCCUGCGCUUUUCCCAUUUCAUCCUUUAUCAUAUACCCCCGUCAACCUCCCUGAAACCCUUUCCCGUAGCUAGACUCGAGUCCUUCUAAUCAACACUUUCCAACAAUAUAUAACAGAUACUUUAGCAAUUUGUUUAAUCUUAAAACAAUGAAAAAUUUAUAAAUUACUUAUCAGUUUAUAAUAAGAGGUCUAGGGGGAGAUGUUAUGAGCUGUAAAACUUGCAAAUGCAGAGUCUUAAAAGCCUUAAUUUACCAUUUAUUUUAAAAAUUGUCACGAUCCAAAACGAUAUACAAAUGGAGGUAGCUUUCAUUCAUGAAAUAGUUUUUUAAAAAGAAAUGCCUUUGAUAAACAUUUAUUGAGGAAAUCCAACACCUGCCCAUAGACUCUUACAGACCCUUAGAGAAAAAUGUGAGACAUAAGCAGCAAGUGUGACUGCUUUACAUCAACCAAUCACAGACUGACACCACACGAGUUAGCGUGAGUCAGAUACGUACUGUAGGAGCGCCUCUGCUUCAGAAAAUACGUCCACGUUUAUGCGGCACACUCUCAGCUCCCGGGGGAGCGACACACCAGAUGGGGUUUCUCUCCUAGCUGGAUAAGUUAAAGUAACCUCCAUGCUGAAACGUAAAAUAUGAAACAUAUAUUGAAACAUUUUGACUUCGGUGCUAAUUUGUUCUCCACCACGGCCAUAAUCAUGGCAUUUAUCAGAAGAAGAAAAAAGGUAACCGUCCCAAGAAUAUGGAAUGGUGAUCAAUGGCUGUGACCACUUAAAAACCAUUAUAAAAUGUAAUGCUAAUGAGAAAUCCAACGAAGAAACUGUAAAAGGUCUCAACCUGAAGCCAGUUGUUACAGUAACGUGUACGAUUGCAGAAGUGUCUUGUUACUUCGGACGUAUUAAGUUUGCUAAUGUAAUACUCAAACACAAAAAAUACAACCUAAAAUUUUACCCUAAACAUCGUUAAGCAAUGACAGAAGACAAAAAGUACGGCUCUAAAGCUUAAACAGAAUUGGCUGUGAUUGGUUGAUCACCGUCUCCCUAACCCCCUUACCCACCUCAUCCCAUUUUUACCUUGUAGCAUUACAGUUCAGUGGGAGUACCUUCCUGACUGUCUCCCUUUUGCCAUGAAACACCCACCCGGGUGGAUCAGGUUGUAUCUUGGGUGCAUCUUGGGUGCAUAAAGCUCCUUUAACAAACAUUCUCACUGAACACUUUUCCAGAAGCUAAACGAUCCAGAAUUAGAACUCAAAUGUUUCAAGGUGAGUUUCUGGAUGAGUUCCUGUCCUACACCGUCGCCAAUGUAGAAAGCAAGUUCCUGUGUAAGGCUUUUUUGAUCUUAGCAGAAUAAUUUGAUCAGGAGCUUCCAAUUGAUCAAGUCACGCCCCAAAAGUGGGUACUUUAGAAGAGGGACCUAAAAAAAAAAAAAAGGACCUAUGGUAUAUUCAUAACUGAAGAAGAUGGGGUUAAAAAAAAUUCGAUUUAGUUAUGUAUCGGGAUUCUUUAUUUAUGGCAAUUCAUGUAUCACCAUGCUUAGAAACCUCAAAAGUCCCUUACAAUAGUUAGAAAUAAACUUGUUUCUUAAAAAGGUUCUUGAGAAGGUUCCAGUGGUGGAAAAGGAAUGGAAUGCUGUCCUUCCACCAUGAACGUUCCCGAUGAUCAGAGUGUAGAGUUAAAAAGCUGUGUGUGGCAACAAACCAGAGCGACAGUACUAGAUUAGUUCGGGAUUCCAGGCGACAACAUGAAGCAGGGCUAGAACAGAAUAAGCACCGCUCAUUUGAGGAAGUACAACGUAAUUGAGAUACAAGUCUGUCAUUUUCUUGUAGCAAAUCAAAUUCGGAGAGAAAAUGACGAGUCAGUGUUUUAAAGAAUGAUGCUCGAGUUUCCACUAUUCUGACUCGAAAGCAUGAGCUACGAUUGAAGUGUGACAGGGUGUGUUAACUGCUCCUAUAGUCCUAGACACCCAGACGUGGUCAGUUUAAAUAAUAAACAUGGCUUUGUCAUUUUCUUGUAGCAAAUAACCGCAGAAAAUGACCGAGCUGGGAUCGUAAGUGGUGCUCGCAGCUGAUCUGUCUCAGUUGUAACAGGAAGCGUUUCAAAGUCGUUUUGUUCCUACCUGAUCUCCAGCAAACCCUUAACACAACCUGAGAAACCUCCUCAGCUUCAUGCACACAGACACACACACACACAUCAGCUUUACCGGUUCUGGGAGCAGUUUGUAGUUUUUCAUAGCCGUGAGUGGAACUGUGUUUGCUGUUAAAUGUUUUAGAUUGUAUUGUGUUUUGAGUGGAAGGGGUGGAGCCUAUUUAUGGCAAAUUAUAACAUUUUGUAAAGGUCUAGAAAAAUUACAAACUGCACCCUUAACUUUUAGUAAUAUGUGCCAUAUGCUGUACAAGCCUAUCUGUCCCUCAUCUCUUUUUCUGUUGUUAAUUAACAAAUUUUUUCCAUCUUCUGUUUGUUUUUUCCAUCUGUGUUCUGGCACACGGUGUAUUCAAUGAAAGAGCAAGGAAAAAACAACAACAAAAACAUGCUCUCCCACCAAAAUCCCUGGGGUCAUCGUCCUGUCUGCUCCGUGAUUGGACUCCUGUAACGGAGAUGCUUUCUGUGUUGAACCACAGAGCGGUGUGCGAAGAAGGAGCCGUUUGAGCUGGUCAGAUCUGGACAUCCCGGGGUUAUCUGUUAUCUGUUAAACGUGUUUUUAGACCUCUGUGCACUCACUCAGUCGCGCAGUCGCUCAGUCACUCACUCGCUUCGACUUGAAUCAGCUGCAUCGUAUGGCUCUGCCACCAGGGGGCACUACUGUCUUAAAUGUGAACACUUCGAUUUGUGGAUAUUUGCACAGGUACUUAAUUUAUUUUCUAGGAUAAUUAUCUUGGGAAAAAAUGAAAAAAAAAGAAGAAGAAGAAGAAGAAAAUACUCGAUUUAUAUCAGUCGGAGCCUGACUGCAUAUAAAUAUAAAGAUAACGAUAACAAUGAUAUUAAUAUGACUAUAGUAUUUAUCUUAGACCUCCAGGUUAAUUUCUAGCUAGUGCAGAAAUCCUCUGCUAGCUCUCCAGAACCUUCUGUGUGUGGUGAAGAUUUAAAAAGAAAAAAACAAAAAGUAACCUGCAGUCCUGCAUGACACCGGAAGAGAGAAAGACAGACAGAGAGAGAGAGAGAGAGAGAGGGAAAUGAAAAGUCGAUACAGGGAGAGAAUGAGAGAGCUAGUAUGUGUCUGCAUAACAGGGUUUGCAGGGAUGUGCGAGUGUGUGCGUGCAUGUGUCCGUGUGCGAGCAUGAGCAACCAGACAGAGAGAGAGAUAGCUGUAUGUGUGUGAGAGAGAGAGAGAGAGAGUGUGUGUGUGUGCGCGCGCUGAGACGGCAUGGCAUUUCUCAUAAAGCAUUAUUCUAAUAUGCAAUAUGAUGGGAGAACUGAUAUAAAACAGAGACAAAUAAAAAGAAGAGAUUCAGGCAGUUUGCCAUGAGAUUGUCGCUUGGAAUUAAUUAUUUUUUUGGUUCCCCAGAAGUCUGUGUGCCUCUGGUCAAAAUGAGAGAAAUGGAAAGAAAAAUAAAAGAACUGGAGAGAAAUAAAACUUCACUGAUGUUGAUA